UCUCUCUCUCUCUCUCUCUCUCUCACACACACUCACUCACUCAGCGGCACAGCCUGCCUCUGUUCUGAAGGGACAGGAACUUCUCAAUGGUCCGAUGAAAAGAUUGCAUUUUUUUGGCCCCAAGACUCAUGGUAGCGGAGGUCUCUGGCAACAAAAGGUAUCCUGGGAGUCACAGCUAUGCCAGCUGGGCCAUUUCUCAGACACUCGUUGCAAUCUGCCAUUUCAGGAUGCAUUUUUCACCAAAAAAAAUAAUUUUUUUCAAGCAGACUCAAGUUCCUACUACAAGCUUAGUUCAGUGAAAUUAGAGAGGCCAGCAAAGACACAGCUGAAUGUAAUUCAUGGGGUGACUUCACGUGGAACAGUAUGUCGGGUCGCAGCGUACGGCUGAGGUCAGUCUCCAUCCAGAGCCUCUCAGAGCUGGAGCGAGCCCGGCUGCAGGAAGUGGCUUUUUAUCAGCUGCAGCAGGACUGUGACCUGAGCUGUCAGAUCACCAUUCCCAAAGAUGGACAAAAGCGAAAGAAAUCUUUGAGAAAGAAACUGGAUUCACUAGGGAAGGAGAAAAACAAAGACAGAGAGUUCAUCCCACAGGCGUUUGGAAUGCCCUUAUCCCAAGUCAUCGCAAACGACCGGGCCUAUAAACUCAAGCAGGACUCGCAGAGGGGCGAGCAGAAGGAUGCCUCCGAUUUUGUGGCUUCCCUCCUCCCAUUUGGAAAUAAAAGACAAAACAAAGAACUCUCAAGCAGUAACUCAUCUCUCAGCUCCACCUCGGAAACACCAAAUGAGUCAACGUCCCCCAGUACCCCGGAGCCGGCUCCUCGGGCCAGGAGGAGGGGUGCAAUGUCAGUGGAUUCUAUCACCGAUCUUGACGACAAUCAGUCUCGACUGCUAGAAGCGUUACAGCUCUCCUUGCCUGCCGAAGCUCAAAGCAAAAAAGAAAAAGCCAGAGAUAAGAAACUCAGUCUGAAUCCCAUUUACAGACAGGUCCCCAGGCUGGUGGACAGCUGCUGUCAACAUCUAGAAAAACAUGGCCUCCAGACAGUGGGGAUAUUCCGAGUUGGAAGCUCAAAAAAGAGAGUGAGACAAUUACGUGAGGAAUUUGACCGUGGGGUUGACGUGUCCCUGGAGGAAGAGCACAGCGUUCAUGACGUGGCUGCCUUGUUGAAGGAGUUCCUGAGGGACAUGCCGGACCCCCUUCUCACCAGGGAGCUGUACACAGCUUUCAUCAAUACUCUCUUGUUGGAGCCUGAGGAACAGCUGGGCACCUUGCAGCUCCUCAUCUACCUUCUACCUCCCUGCAACUGCGACACGCUCCACCGGCUGCUGCAGUUCCUCUCCAUCGUGGCCAGGCACGCCGAGGACAAUGUCAGCAAAGACGGGCAAGAGGUCACUGGGAACAAAAUGACAUCUCUAAACUUGGCCACCAUAUUUGGACCCAACCUGCUGCACAAGCAGAAGUCGUCAGACAAGGAAUUCUCGGUCCAGAGUUCAGCCCGGGCUGAAGAGAGCACAGCCAUCAUUGCCGUGGUGCAGAAAAUGAUUGAAAAUUAUGAAGCCCUGUUCAUGGUUCCCCCGGAUCUCCAGAAUGAAGUACUGAUGAGCCUGUUAGAGACCGAUCCCGAUGUUGUGGACUAUUUACUCAGAAGAAAGGCCUCCCAAUCUUCAAGCCCUGACAUGCUGAGGUCGGAAGUUUCCUUUUCCAUGGGAGGAAGGCAUUCGUCCACAGAUUCCAACAAGGCCUCCAGCGGAGACCUCUCCCCUUAUGACAACAACUCCCCAGUGCUGUCCGAGCGCUCCCUGCUGGCUAUGCAAGAGGACGUGGCCCCGGGGGGCUCAGAGAAGCUUUACAAAGGGCCAGAGCAGUAUGUGCGGGUGGGCCACUUGCCAUCUUCGAAGUCGAGGGAGAGUUCUCCUGGACCAAGGCUUGGGAAAGACAUGGCAGAGGAGGCUUUCAAUAUCUGGGGAACUUGGCAUUCAACAUUAAAAAGUGGAUCCAAAGACCCAGGAAUGACAGGUUCCUACGGAGACAUUUUUGAAAGCAGCUCCCUCCGACCGGGGCCGUGUUCUCUUUCGCAAGGGAACCUGUCCCCAAAUUGGCCCCGGUGGCAGGGGAGCCCCAUGGAACUGGACAGCAGUGCGCAGGUCAUUGGCAGGACUCAGACCACGAGCACCAUCGCCGAGUGCAGGGCGCACGCCCCCGUGGCCCGCGUCUGCAGCACGCCCCCCAUCAAGGGCGGCGGGGGCGGGAGGCGCGCGCCAAGGCCAAGGCCGGAGCCGUGCUGGACCGAAGACCUCGCGGAGCGCGAGCCGGAGGCGGCCUGGCUGCAGAGGAGAGCCAAGCCUCUGCACCAGAGACCUGCAGAGGGUGCCAGGCGCGACAAGAGGCCUCCUCCUCCGUAUCCUGGUCCAGGGAAGCAGGCCCUAGCAUCGGCCCAGCAGCCCGCGGAGCCGCCGCUGUGGAGGCCUCAGAGGCCAGAAGGAGGCUCGGGAACAGCCUUGGAAGAGGGAAUCCAAAGAGCCGAGCGAGAGCGUCAGGCCGCCCAGCAGAAAGCGAGCAGCGCCUACCCCAGUCCCGCCAGCGAUCGGAACAGUAAGACCUUGGGGGAACCCAGCUGGCUCGACUGGCAGAGGGAGCGGUGGCAGAUCUGGGAGCUCUUAUCCACCGACAACCCCGAUGCCCUCCCGGAAACGCUGGUAUGAGAUGAGCCCUCCACGCUCAGCCCUCACGUCCCAAACAGCCUUCUUCCAUCAGUAGGGGAAAAAGUGGGGUUGGACAAUUGGGCACUUACUUGUUUUUCUUCUUUUACACUUAAAAAAAAAUAAUAACACGAGAAAAGUCAGUUCACUUAAAGAUAUAGAGCACUAGGACCCUGGCCAUUUAUAAUAAGAUUCUAUUGCAUAGCCAGCCUUCAGAAAAAACAAAACCAGAAGUGGAUGCUAAUAUCCAAUCUAAAAGCUAUUCACAUUGGCUCUGUAGAAGAUAAAACUCUUGCUUUGGUAUAGCUUAAUUGUAUUUAUGUGUCUUCAGUUUUGACUCUUGUAUAUUCUGUAACAGAUUAUGUAUGAUAAUCCUAUAUGUUAUAUUCACAGAAAACAGAAGGAACACA